UAUUGUCCAAUUUGUUGAUUGUUUAAAAAAUCAAACAAUCAAACUAAAAUCAAAAUUGCAGUGAGCUGUGGUGAGGAUAAAAAGGAGAGUGAUGUGCACCUUCAGAAAGAGAGAGCCAACCAGCACAGGGCCGUGUAUGUAUGUAUAUGUGUGUGUGUGUGUGUGUGUGUGUGUGUGUGUGUGGUGCGCUGAAAAGUGAAAGCAAAAAUAAAGAGCCUUUUUCAAUUGCCCUCUGUCUACCUCUCACUUCCUUAUUUCCAACCCAACCAAGAGGAGUGUUACAAUUUAGCAACAGGGUAUAAACAAAUUUUUUCUUAACUGAAGCAAUGCAGCGCAGAAGGCAAAGGCAAAGGAAAGAACAAGAUGAAGAAAUACCCCUAAUCAACCGUGCAGAUGAAAAUAGAGCCAAAUACACACAACAUGAUGAAGGUGAAUCAGAUGAAAAUAGAGCCAAUUACACUUCAAGACGCUUCCUGUAUGAAGAAAUUAAUGGGCCGCAGUAUUCAGGUGAAGCCUCUUUAUCCAAACCGAGUCAUUCAGCUAACCCCAGAGAAGAGUGUAGAUUUAUACUUCUGGGAGGUGAUGAUAUUGCAAAGAAUGAGGCAUGCAAGAUCUUACUUAGGAAUGGGCAGAGCAAACAAAGAGCUGAUCUGGAAGGAUGGGAGGUGAAGGAGAACCAUGUCCAGGGAAGACAUGUCACUGUGGCAAUUAGUCCUUCUCCAUGGUUGAAGCACUUGAAAUCAUUCUUUUUUUCCAGGAGAGUCAAAAGUAUCAAAAAUGACCUUCAGAAAUGUGCAUCAUUGGUGUUCCCUGGGCCUAAUGCAUUCCUUUUGGUGAUUAGAGAUGGACAGGACCCUGGAAAAGUGCAUCUCCUUUUAAAAGCAGUUGCUUCAGUGUUUGGGAAAGAGGCAUUCGACUACAGUAUGGUGCUGUUCAUUAGAGGAGAUGGAGAAAAAACUUCUGAGCCUGCCUCAAUGAAGUGUGUUUUGAAAUGUGGGAAAAGGUGCCACUUUCUAGAGGACACUGAUAGCAGUGUUCAGGAACUUUUCAGGAAAGUUGGGAAUAUGAUAGCUAACACAAACAGCAAGUUCUUUAUUCCACCAGCCUAUGCAGAACUUAUGAAUAAAUUUGAACCAUGGGAAAAUAAAAGAAUUUUAUAUAUAAAGACCUUACUGGAUGAAUGCAAGGAUGAAAAAAGACAAAAAGACCAGCAUAUUAACGAACAAAAAAUGAAGAUGGAGACCUUACAACAGAGAGAGAGUGAACUUGAAAAGAAGUUGGAUGACUCUCAGCUGAGAGAGAGUGAACUUGAAAAGAAGCUGGAGGACUCUCGGGUGAGAGAGAGUGAACUAAAUGAAAAGUUGGAUGCUGGUCAACUGAGAGAAAGUGAACUAAGAAAGGAGCUAGACACUUUCAAAAGUAAUGAGCUUAUACUAAGAAAGGAACUGGAUACUUCCACACAAAGAGUGGGUAAACUAGGAAAGCAACUGGAUGAUUAUGAAAUGAAGGACAGUAAACUAAGGAAGCAGCUGGAUGAUUUCAAAUUAAAGGAAUAUACACUAAGAAAUGAUUCUGAUGUUUUACAAAUAAAAAAUAGUGAACUAGAAAAGAAGUUAGGUGUCACUCGGCUGAGGGAGAGAGAACUUGAAAAGAAGUUAGAUGACACUCAGCUGAGGGAGAGAGAACUUGAAAAGAAGUUAAAUGACACUCGGCUUAGGGAGAGUGAACUUGAAAAGAAGUUGGGUGACUCUCGGCUGAGGGAGAGUGAACUUGAAAAGAAGUUAGAUGACACUCAGCUGAGGGAGAGAGAACUUGAAAAGAAGUUAGAUGACACUCAGCUGAGGGAGAGAGAACUUGAAAAGAAGUUAGAUGACACUCGGCUGAGGGAGAGUGAACUUGAAAAGAAGUUAGGUGACACUCAGCUGAGGGAGAGUGAACUUGAAAAGAAGUUAAAUGACACUCGGCUUAGGGAGAGUGAACUUGAAAAGAAGUUGGGUGACUCUCAGCUGAGAGAGAGAGAACUUGAAAAGAAGUUGGGUGAUUCUCGGCUUAGGGAGGGCGAACUUGAAAAGAAGUUAGAUGACACUCGGCUGAGAGAGAGAGAACUUGAAAAGAAGUUGGGUGAGUCUCGGCUUAGGGAGGGCGAACUUGAAAAGAAGUUAGAUGACACUCGGCUGAGGGAGAGAGAACUUGAAAAGAAGUUAGAUGACACUCGGCUGAGGGAGAGUGAACUUGAAAAGAAGUUAAAUGACACUCGGCUUAGGGAGAGUGAACUUGAAAAGAAGUUGGGUGACUCUCGGCUGAGGGAGAGUGAACUUGAAAAGAAGUUAGAUGACACUCGGCUGAGGGAGAGUGAACUUGAAAAGAAGUUAAAUGACACUCGGCUUAGGGAGAGUGAACUUGAAAAGAAGUUGGGUGACUCUCGGCUGAGGGAGAGUGAACUUGAAAAGAAGUUAGAUGACACUCGGCUGAGGGAGAGUGAACUUGAAAAGAAGUUAAAUGACACUCGGCUUAGGGAGAGUGAACUUGAAAAGAAGUUAGAUGACACUCAGCUGAGAGAGAGAGAACUUGAAAAGAAGUUGGGUGAGUCUCGGCUUAGGGAGGGCGAACUUGAAAAGAAGUUAGAUGACACUCUGCUGAGGGAGAGAGAACUUGAAAAGAAGUUAGAUGACACUCGGCUGAGGGAGAGUGAACUUGAAAAGAAGUUAGGUGACACUCAGCUGAGGGAGAGUGAACUUGAAAAGAAGUUAGAUGACACUCGGCUUAGGGAGAGUGAACUUGAAAAGAAGUUGGGUGACUCUCAGCUGAGAGAGAGUGAACUUGAAAAGAAGUUAGAUGACACUCAGCUGAGAGAGAGAGAACUUGAAAAGAAGUUGGGUGAUUCUCGGCUUAGGGAGGGCGAACUUGAAAAGAAGUUAGAUGACACUCAGCUGAGAGAGAGAGAACUUGAAAAGAAGUUGGGUGAGUCUCGGCUUAGGGAGGGCGAACUUGAAAAGAAGUUAGAUGACACUCGGCUGAGGGAGAGAGAACUUGAAAAGAAGUUAGAUGACACUCGGCUGAGGGAGAGUGAACUUGAAAAGAAGUUAAAUGACACUCGGCUUAGGGAGAGUGAACUUGAAAAGAAGUUGGGUGACUCUCGGCUGAGGGAGAGUGAACUUGAAAAGAAGUUAAAUGACACUCGGCUUAGGGAGAGUGAACUUGAAAAGAAGUUGGGUGACUCUCGGCUGAGGGAGAGUGAACUUGAAAAGAAGUUAGAUGACACUCGGCUGAGGGAGAGUGAACUUGAAAAGAAGUUGGGUGACUCUCGGCUGAGGGAGAGUGAACUUGAAAAGAAGUUAGAUGACACUCGGCUGAGGGAGAGUGAACUUGAAAAGAAGUUAAAUGACACUCGGCUUAGGGAGAGUGAACUUGAAAAGAAGUUAGAUGACACUCAGCUGAGAGAGAGAGAACUUGAAAAGAAGUUGGGUGAGUCUCGGCUUAGGGAGGGCGAACUUGAAAAGAAGUUAGAUGACACUCGGCUGAGGGAGAGAGAACUUGAAAAGAAGUUAGAUGACACUCGGCUGAGGGAGAGUGAACUUGAAAAGAAGUUAGGUGACACUCAGCUGAGGGAGAGUGAACUUGAAAAGAAGUUAAAUGACACUCGGCUUAGGGAGAGUGAACUUGAAAAGAAGUUGGGUGACUCUCAGCUGAGAGAGAGUGAACUUGAAAAGAAGUUAGAUGACACUCAGCUGAGAGAGAGAGAACUUGAAAAGAAGUUGGGUGAUUCUCGGCUUAGGGAGGGCGAACUUGAAAAGAAGUUAGAUGACACUCAGCUGAGAGAGAGAGAACUUGAAAAGAAGUUGGGUGAGUCUCGGCUUAGGGAGGGCGAACUUGAAAAGAAGUUAGAUGACACUCGGCUGAGGGAGAGAGAACUUGAAAAGAAGUUAGAUGACACUCGGCUGAGGGAGAGUGAACUUGAAAAGAAGUUGGGUGACUCUCGGCUGAGGGAGAGUGAACUUGAAAAGAAGUUAAAUGACACUCGGCUUAGGGAGAGUGAACUUGAAAAGAAGUUGGGUGACUCUCGGCUGAGGGAGAGUGAACUUGAAAAGAAGUUAGAUGACACUCGGCUGAGGGAGAGUGAACUUGAAAAGAAGUUAAAUGACACUCGGCUUAGGGAGAGUGAACUUGAAAAGAAGUUAGAUGACACUCAGCUGAGAGAGAGAGAACUUGAAAAGAAGUUGGGUGAGUCUCGGCUUAGGGAGGGCGAACUUGAAAAGAAGUUAGAUGACACUCUGCUGAGGGAGAGAGAACUUCAAAAGAAGUUGGGUGACUCUUGGCUUAGGGAGGGCGAACUUGAAAAGAAGUUAGGUGACACUCAGCUGAGAGAGAGUGAACUUGAAAAGAAGUUGGAUGACACUCAGCUGAGAGAGAGAGAACUUGAAAAGAAGUUGGGUGAUUCUCGGCUUAGGGAGGGCGAACUUGAAAAGAAGUUAGAUGACACUCGGCUGAGGGAGAGAGAACUUGAAAAGAAGUUAGAUGACACUCGGCUGAGGGAGAGAGAACUUGAAAAGAAGUUAGAUGACACUCGGCUGAGGGAGAGAGAACUUGAAAAGAAGUUAGAUGACACUCGGCUGAGGGAGAGCGAACUUGAAAAGAAGUUAGAUGACACUCGGCUGAGGGAGAGUGAACUUGAAAAGAAGUUAGAUGACACUCGGCUGAGGGAGAGUGAACUUGAAAAGAAGUUAGAUGACACUCGGCUGAGGGAGAGUGAACUUGAAAAGAAGUUAGAUGACACUCGGCUGAGGGAGAGUGAACUUGAAAAGAAGUUAGAUGACACUCGGCUGAGGGAGAGUGAACUUGAAAAGAAGUUAGAUGACACUCGGCUGAGGGAGAGUGAACUUGAAAAGAAGUUAGGUGACACUCGGCUGAGGGAGAGAGAACUUGAAAAGAAGUUAAAUGACACUUGGCUGAGGGAGAGUGAACUUGGAAGGAAGUUGGAUCACUCUCAGCUGAGGGAGAGUGAACUCGAAAAGGACUUGGAAGCUACUCAACUAAGAGAGAACAACCUAAGAAAAGAAUUGGAUGAUUUUAAAAGAAACAAAUAUAAGCCAGGAAGUGUACUGGAUCAUUCUCAACAAAGAGAGAGUGAGGUUAGAAAGGAGGACCAUGGUGUAGAAAGGGACAACAGCAAAGAGCACAACCCAUUGGAACCAGGGAACGCAGGGGGAGCAAAGACAUCGAGUUACCACAUUUUUCCACAGAUUAAUGCCAAUAUGUACAGACGAUACAAGCAAAUCAAAACAAAGACACAACAAGGACAGAGUCAGGAGCAAAAUGAAUUUUAAAACAAAAAGCACAAACACUUGCCAUCAUGGAAAAGUCCUCAGAAUAGCAUUCACUAAAAGACAAAUGCUGCACACCAACAUUAAAUGCAAAGACAUUUGUUAUUUUUUUAGUAUUAUCCAUAAUCCAUAGUCCAUAGUAUAAUUUUAAGUAUUAUCCAUGGCAGUACUGAACUUUAUAUAACAGUAUUGUUUACUAUUAUUUGGACCAUCAUCGUUUUUCUUGAGUUUUUCUUUUUUUUUUUUUUAUCUAAAUGAUGCAAAACAUCAAUCUAAAAACAAAUAUUUUUUUUUACACGGAACUGAGUUGAAUAAUUAUUUUUUUUAAUGAAUUAUUUUUCAAAACUUGCCAUUGUAUAGAAAUGGAUCAUUAUUUAUUAUAUUUGUCACAUUAUCCAUCUGUGUAUGAAAUGUGAUGUGUAAAUAAACUUUUGUGUAAAUAAACUCCUUCUUCUUAUUACUACUUCUGCGGUGAACUAUAAGUGCUUUAGUUCUAUAUACAGCGCCCUCCACUAAUAUUGGCACCCUUGGUA